GGGUCGGUUAAAUCUGGCCACAAGUUUCAAAACUUUCAAAGAGGGCAGACAGACAGAGAGACGGUGAGUUGGGCGUCCCGUGUGACGGAGGGGAAUCGAGCUUUGGACAAACCGCUGCACCACACACUCCAAACACAAACUGUUGUCUUUUGAGAGAGAGGAAAGAAGAAAAAAAAAGAGUGAAGAAAAGAAAGAGGCAGAGUCAUUGUGGAUCAUUUACAGAGGGGAAUAUCCUGCACCACAACUUGUUUGUUUUCUCUUUCUUUCUCGUCUUCCACCUCCUCUCAGAUCUCGAUGCUUUGCUUUGGGAUUUGUGCUCCAAAUCCAUCAGAUUCCUCUCUUGAUCUUUCUCUUCGUCAACCGAAACAUUUCGAGCUGCAAAUUUUUUCCAGAACUUUGCAACCCAACAAGCUGAGACAGACGUUUGCAGGAUUUCACUUGGACUAAGAAAUUGAAUCCAAGCCCGGUUCUGGAAUGAAUUUAACCGAUCCCAGCUUGUCUAGAGAGACUCUUCUGCAUGCCAGCCGGAUGUCUCUCGGGGGCCCCUGGGCGUCCGGGACCCCGAGCCCUGCUUCUGAUUCUGAAAUAGGUUUUGAGCAGAACCUCUCCGGGGACUGCGGUUCUCCCGAUGGCCUUGGAGCCGGGAAGAUGAGGAGGACAGAAGCGAGGAUUUCUCUGACACCCAGUUCAGGGGGACAGAGUCCGGACCUGACCCAGGCAGGAAGUGUGUCGGCAGGCACGGCCGACGGGAAGGCUGUGGGGGGUGAGACGAGGAUCCGCAGGCCCAUGAACGCCUUCAUGGUCUGGGCCAAAGAUGAGAGGAAGCGACUGGCCGUGCAGAACCCUGACCUGCACAACGCUGUGCUCAGCAAGAUGCUCGGUCAGUCAUGGAAGGCCCUGAGUGCUACAGACAAGCGGCCAUUUGUGGAGGAAGCAGAACGUCUCCGUGUCCAGCACCUCCAGGAUCACCCAAACUACAAGUACAGGCCCCGUCGCAAAAAGACCACCAAAAAACUCAAGCGAGUUGAACCGGGGCUUCUGCUUCACAGUUUAGCCCAUGGCGGGGCACCAGGCCUUGGAUUAGGACCUGGUAUCAGCCCCUUGGGUGCAGAAAGUGUCUCUGGAGGUUCUGCCUAUGGUAAUGUAGGUGCCCACCCUUCACAUCACCAUCACUCCCACCAUCUUCUGCACUCUCUCGGGCACUUCAGGGACCUCCAGGCCCCAGGACACCUAGAGCUGGAGAGCUAUGGCUUGCCCACUCCGGAGAUGUCCCCUCUGGAUGUUCUGGAAGAUGGAGCUGGGGAAUCUGUGUUUUUCCCCCAACAUAUGCAAGAAGAGGCAGGUCUGGGAGGUUGGAGUGGCUACCACCACCACCUUCACCAUCCUAACCAGCAUUACAGCCAUAAUUACAACAACCACAGUCAUCACAGCUCCAUAAAUGGCGCAGCAACACACAGUUCAGGAAUGAGUGUUGGUGCCAGUUCAAGCAACUGUUUGAACUCCAAUUUGAGUCCAGGUAGAAGUUCCAGAGUUGAUUCUAGAACGAGUUCUGUCGAGUCAAAUAUGACGUCGAGCAUGAGCUCUAGGUUAAAUCCCACCUCUGGUCACCACAUUGCCUUGCGGAAUCCUGUAAAGUGCCCACCACCUCUGUCCGACUGCUCCUCCCCUGUGUCUUACCCCCAGCCCUCCAUCAGCCUCCCUGAGCCGAUAAAAUCCCACCUAACGCCACAUCAAUCCACUGCUCCUGUCGGCUACUUCAGCCAAAUGUAUGGGAACAGCGCUCCAAAUGCUGCGUAUUACAUGCCCUCUCAGCUGGGGCAGCUUUCACCUCCUCCUGAAACUUCUCCUUCUUCCUGCUCAUCCUCCUCCAUCCCCACAUCCACCUUCCCUCCUCCGUUGCACUUAGACCCUUCAAAUCCAGAGUCCUCCUGCCAUUUGGGAUCUUCUUCUGCUGAGUUCUGGUCCGAGGUGGACAGGCAUGAGUUUGACCAGUAUGUAAAUGUCGGAAGGAAUCGAGAGGAAGCCUACGGGCGCGGUGGGGGCUGUGGGUCGAAAGUCUUGAGUGGGCGCAGUAGCGUAGGUAGUAGCAUGAAUAGCAGUAUUAUGAACAGGGAUGUCAGUAGCAUUUUGAGUGGUGCUGGUGGCUGUGAUGAAGAGAGCAGCCCUCUUAUAUCUGCUCUUUCUGAUGCCAGCAGUGCUGUCUACUACAGUGCCUGUAUCACUGGAUAAAUACUCCAUGAUCUCAUCUCUCGAUGUGUACCUCCUUGCGUACUGCACAGUUUGGUUUGGUUCAUUUGAACCAUUGUUACAUGAUCUGGAGGAAGUGUGUUGGGAACAUUAGUUUUGGCUCAUAUUCUUAGCCAUUGUCAUGCCUUGCUUGUCUCUCACAGACUCCAACUCUCAAUUUAAAAGCUUUUCUUCAUUCUAAAAAAGAAAGAUGCAGACAAGUGUUUUUUAUCAUAGCAACUUUUACUAGAGCUAGAGCUGGGUAGAGACAAAAUACAGUUUUCUUUUUAAAAGUGUGAACUGGAAAAAUAAAAACUUAACUGGCAAAGAAAGCACUUUUGUCAAAUAAAAGAAAAAUGAAAACGCUAAAUACUUCGUUUAGAUUGAUUAAUGCAUCCCUGAACAUUAUCUUGAAUGAUUGUCUGGCUAGCUAAGCAGCAUUCCUUGACCUAGUGUGGCUAGCUGAGAUUGUGUUAACUUAGUAACUAGAUAUGCAUGGAUUACUAGUUCAUGGCAACUUUUAGGCAGAAGUUCUAGCAGGAGGUUUUGGCUUCUGCUGAGCAAUUGCAAAAUUAGCUACUGUCAGUCACUUAGCUAGCAUACGUAAUCAGAAAAAAAACUCACCAUUUCUGUUGCAUCACUGCCAGCUUGAUGCUCUUUAUCAAGAUGAGUGCGUGUUAAUCCAAAUGAAUACGGUAUCACAGAAAGAUCAGAACUUAAUAUUUUGACUUUAGGCACUCAAGGAAAAGAAAGAAAUAGGCCUAUGUAUGCCAGGCAGAAAAACUAAAAUAGCAUUGUGUGUUUUCACCAACUCAUAAAGGGUGCUCGGUGUGUGUUAGCAUGUGUAAUGCUAAUAAACCAGGAGUCUUUAUCAAUAGCUGGAAACAUUUAUAACCUGGAAGCAGUUCUGGUGGCUACAUAGUUGGAAGGAUUCAGGGAUGUAGGAUAUCAACUAGUUAAAUUGUCUACCUGCUUCUACCUGUUCCACAGGUUUCGUUUCUCUGCACUCUAACCCUUUCUGGUGAUAGACAGUACAUGCUGUAGGAAGAUUACGCAAGCAAAAUGAUUUCUUUAAUUGCACUGUGUGUACUCUGGUCAACAGAAAAAUCCACAGCUAUGACAAAUCUGAAUUUUAAGACCAUCUCGUAUCAUUAUUGACCUUUAAUCUCAGGACCAGACAAAUAUUCAUCUCAACUGAACUUUAUGAAUUUAAUUUAAUCCAUUCUGUCCAUUAAAUGGGAACAUGAAGAACAAUGAGAAAUUUGGGAGAUGGUCAGAGAGAGAGAGACUGGAUAGGAGAGACUUGAUCCAGCCUCCACAUGUAUAUCUCAGCAGUGUUGUCGGGAAAGCCUUGGCCACGGCCCCGAGCAGACCACUGAUGUCUCCCACAAACUGUAAGGAUGUUUUACAAGCCGGGUCGGUUUUUUUUUUUUUUUUCUGACCGUGAUACAUGCCGUUCCCUCUCGGUCUCAGUCCAUGACAGGGCCUCAUGUCAAACUCCCUGCCAAAAUAUGCAAGUUUUAAGUUGCUUUGCUUCCUGGCAAACACGGAUAUGUUGAUGAAUCAAAGAUCAUUCUUUAUGACCAGUAAGCCUCUCUGGUAUAACAAGCAUAUCACUUGUUUAAACAAAAUGUCUUUUUUUUUUAAGUUAAAAAGUGUAAUUUAGUUCUACAAAUAACAGAAGAUUGGGGUCAGCAAAUAAAGUGCUAUUGGAUCGAGUCUAAAGCUUCACUUUAUACUUCAAAAAUCAUCAUGUCUGUAAGGUCUGCAUAUUUGCAAGUUCGUGCAAAGCAACGUAGAUAUUGGUUAACCGUUUGGUUACAAUUACAAAUUGUUCCAUUCUUAAUUUCAUUAGAACGUUUAUGGAUAAUUUUUCAUGUGGUAAGUCUUAUUAUUUUUGGAAAUCUGGUUUUGAUGUAGCCUUUGACUGUAUAUAUAUAUAUAUAUAGAUGCUAUGCCUCUUGGCAGCAUGUGAAGGAGAAAUUGAGACUAUGAAAAGUUCUCUUUGCACUGGGUUUAAUGUCUUAGCUGUAUAGAAGGAACACUACUUAUUAAAAGCCAAACAAUUUAAAUGUUGUACAGAAAGGACUGUGUUUUUUUAAUGUUUCUUUUAUUAAAGGAAUAGUUUGACAUUUUAGGACAUGUGUUUGCUUUCUUGCUGAGAGUUAGAUGAGAAGAUUGAUGCCAUUCUCGUGUCUGUCUUUUAAAUACGGAACAGCUGGCCUUUUUUUCUUCAAAAUCAAAACUUGGUUGUGGACCAAUUCAAUUAAAGGUGUUAAUUAUGGACCGAUCCAGACUAGCUUUAUCACCCUGUGUGUGUGUGUGUGUGUGUGUGUGUGUGCUAAACUAUGCUAAUCGCCUCCCGGCUCCAGCUCCGUACUUAUCCCACAGACAUGACAGUGACAAUGACAGUCACACUCUCAAUGUGAAUAAGCGUAUUUCCCCAAAAUGUUAAACUACUCCUUUAAAGCAUUGGAGCAGUGCGUUUCCACUGCUCUUUUUUUUGUUGUUCAUCCAAAAUGUAUGUGUAUUGUGUGUGUAAACUUGCCUUCAAAAGGAAAUCUAUAAGUGUAAAGAUCUCUUGUAGAUCUGUAUGGGUCUUUAAUGGGUUACAUGUUCCACUUAGCUCUACCAGUGACACCAGCAAACCCAGAAAUGUUCCCUCCCACACCAAUGUUAUUUACCUACACUGCUGGAAAUGAAAAUGACAAAUUUAUUCGGGCUGAGAAAAUCAAAAUCCACAGUUGUAGCCACUGUAGAGGUCUCUCUGUAUGUGAAGGAUAUAUGCUGUAAUAUUUAUGAAUACAGUGGGAGCAAAAACCAGAAGUCUCUCUUGAAGGAUUUAGCCUGCAUCUGUUCUGCAUUAGUCCUACAGACAAUCCUUUUUUUUUUUUUUUACAUGAAACAGUAGAACUAAAUUGUGUAUCUUGUACAGUGAAACCAGUUAUAUUUACCACACCGUUACUUGUGGCCACCAUUGGUUGAAAACAGAGCAACAGUAGAUUUUUCCAAACAUUUCCUCUAGAGGAUGGAGCCGCAGAGAAGCGGCAGUUCAAGCAAAGUAUAAAAAAAAAAAGUACUUCUACAUCUGCAUUAGACAUUCUUCUCUGUUGACACCAAACAGCCUUGUUUCCAUUCUAAUUUACUGUGACACACAAAGAACAUCAGAGAGACAGGCAGGGCUUCUUAUUUUUUUUUUUUUUUUGAGUCGUGCAAUAACUCUGGGGCUUUUGGUAAUAAUUAUCUGAAAAAAAAAGAAACACCCAAGAUAUUGGGAUUAAAACAAAGGACAUUUUCUCAGCAGUCAUAUAACGACAAAUUAAAAGCAGGAUUUUCCCAGAAGUGUAGUUGUGAUGCUUCUAAAUCUGUCUGACAGGGAUGAUUUUUACAUUUUGUGCAGAGAAUAGUUUUGUUUGUGUUCAUAUUUGAGAAAUGUGGGUUGGCUGUAAUUGGAAAAUGGAUGGAAAAUAAUGUGACAAAAUAAACUCUUCUAAGAUUUCA